AUGCCCCGCGCUAAAUCCUCAAGGCUCGCACCAGAGACUAACAGCACCCAGGUUGACGACGAAGACUCAGACGAGGACCCAAGAUACCCGAGACAAAGGCGCAAUAAUGACGAAUCUGCUGAAGAAGAAGGAUCUGAAAAUGGUGCUGUGGACGCCGAAGCGAGCGCAGAAGACCAACUUUCGAAGAAACUGGUGCGAUAUGCGCUGGCCUGCGAAUUUUCGCGAACGCCUAUCCGUCGAGAUGGUAUCAAGGAGCGAGAUCAGGGUAGAGCAUUUAGGAAAGUAUUCGACCUAGCGCAACAACAGCUCCGCCUCGUCUGGGGCAUGGAGCUGCGAGAACUCGCAUCCGGCUCCCAAGCAAAAAGCAGCUCAGGCGUCUACGUCCUAUCCUCGACCCUUCCCUCCCAAUACCGCUCCCCGACCAUCCUCGCCCCCUCAAAAGCGCCGAGCACCGACGCCGAAGCAUCGUAUGUGGGCUUCUACACCAUGAUCGUGACCAUCAUCUUCCUCAGCGGCGGCGAGCUGUCUGAGCAGAAGCUACGGCGGCAUCUGAACCGCCUCAACGCCGAGGCGAACGUGGCGGUGGAGAAGACGGAGGACGUGCUGAAGCGUAUGCAGACGCAGGGCUACGUCGUGCGCAAAGUGCAGAAGAACGCGGGGACGCAGGCGCAGGACGGCAGUGAGGACAUUACGUGGCUCAUUGGCCCGCGCGGGCUCGAGGAGAUUGGUGCCGAGGGAGCGGCGGGCAUGGUGCGUUCUGUCUGGGCCGACCAGGCUGAUGCGGACCUGGAGAAGAAGAUUGGGGCGAGUUUUGGGAUUCGCCCGGCUCAGGAUGGGGAUGGGGAUGGGGAUGUGGAUAUGUCACAGGCUGAAGCUGGGCCCUCGCAUUGA